CUGAACACCAGCCCGUUGCCGUUAACACCAAUAGAAUCCCAGACAUAUGGCUUGACAAGCGCUUGUAUCUUGUCGUCUAGUACGGCUUUCAAUUCGAUUAUACUCAUAUGCAUUCCGUUUGAGUAUUAUUCUCAUUUCCGACGUCGUGAUGCCGAAGUUGCUUUCUGCUCCGUCCCACCCUCAGCCUAUUCGAUGUCUCCUCCAAGCUCCACGGAAAUCUAUCUCUCUGUCUAGUCCCCGUCAGUACUUUGUGUCAUCCCCAGUACGGCCUUUGGCGCAGCCACGGCACGGGAUUCUCAACGAUCCUUGGCCAACGCCCAUAUCGCCCACGCUCUUCUCACAGACGCAUCAUGAAUCGUCCAUAGACGGGCUGAACGGGGGCCCGCAAAAUGACCACAAACCACCCGACGAACGGAUUCUGAAACUUGGAAAAACGCUACGGACUCUGUCUCCUCUGCUACCUACUCUACUCAUCAAUCCGUUACCUCCGAACAUCCUUUCGCCGAACAUCACACUUCACUUAUUCCCCUCGACGCAUCCGCACCUGCCCACGGUGAAAGGUCGGACACUGUAUCGAGCCGCGCUCUGGACUGUCCCUGUGGCUUGGAGCAGCUUACCGCUAGUCGGCAACGUGAAAUUGCAGAUCCUCAGCGAGCGGAUCGUUCGUGCAGGCACGGUCUUAGAUCCGGAUGGAUGCAGCGAGAGCGAAAGCGGCGAUGAGCGGCUAGUCGUCCGAUGGAGGACAGAGCCCAGGAGAGAGGGUCAUAAAGAUGGCUCUGCCGGUGCUGUGAGCAGGUCCAACACGGCCUUGUCGUCGUCGUCGUCGCGAUCAUCGGAAAAGCUCAGCCAUACUUCUGCGAAGAAUGGCGUCAACAAGGGUCUCAGCGUGCUUCUGGGUGGGGAUGCACCUAUCUUCAAACUGUCGAAUGAAGAGCAGUUUACUGGGCUGUUCAUCUUCUCCUUUGAUGAAGAAGGCCGGAUCUCUUCGCAUACGAUCGAGCAUGCUGACGAUGCGAACGGAUGGGACCGGACUGCCAAGUUUGUUACGUUGACUGACUGGCUGAUUGGGAAGGCGAGAGGUUCUCUCGACCCUCCGCCUGGGCUGGCGAUCCAGGGCUGUCAGACCUGUAGCUUUCCCUCGUCUCGCACGCAUCGUGGCUCUGACCGGUCGGCAUAGCUCACAGUUUCAGGUUCCCGGCUGCAGUUGAUGAUGGGUGUGUAAGCCCUUACAAAAUGUCUCAUACAACACGAAGAUACUUUGUGGUAUUGUUCUACUAACGCUGCUGAUAUAUGUGGCGCCUGUGUGGCACUCUCACUCAAGUUCUAUGGCGUUGAUCAUGUUUUCAUCGUCUGCUGUCUUAAAUUCGCACCAUCUCCUCUUUUAAUGUACUUAUACUUACGUGUAUUAUACCCAGCAACGAAUGUUAUAGAGUGUAUGAUGGACUUCU